AUGGAUACCAUCAAGAACGCAGCAAACUACGUCUCCGAGUCCAUCCAGGGUACCGGGGCGACCGCCUCCAAGGAAGCCAAUAAGAACGUCGCCAAAGACAGUGACGCCAAGGUCACCACUCGCGCCCAGGCCGCUGGUGAUGCUAUCUCCGACAAGUUCGAUGAGCAGACUCACGACCGCAAGGCCGAUGUCUACAAGGAGGCUGCUAAGCACUAG